UUUCAUGCGACAUCACAAGUUCAUCAAUAACCGGCUGAUGAGAACCUAGCCAACGAAUAUCAGAAAAGACGACUUGCUUAGGACCUGUUUCGAAUUUUGAGCUUACAUAAGGCAGCGAUCCAAGAUGUCGUUAACGCGCUCAGCUGAUGGCCUGGCAGAUGCUUCAGGUGAAGCGGUUCCUUGGCUUGAGGAAACAGGAUCAUACUUCGAGUAUGACCCUUUGAAAGACGACCAGAUAAGGUUUCUAGAACUUGAACCAGGUCUUUCUCCAGACCCGAUAAGGUGUCGCCUCUUCCAUUUGAAGCGCUAUGAGAAACAUACAUAUGAAGUUCUCUCUUGCGAUUGGCGCAGAUUGGCAAAGCCUAAAGUGCCAAUAUCCUUGAAUGGACACACCUUUGACGUCCCGCCUGAGGUUUGGGCGGCAUUACAUCGAAUCAGAUCGGAAACCCGAUCGAGAUUCCUCUGGACAGAUUCUAUCUGCAUCAACCAGAGAUUCGACAGUGAAAACCGACGUGCUAACAAUGCAGAAAGGAAUGGCCAGCUCUCCCAUUUACCUGAUAUCUACCAGAAUGCAACCCGCCUUCUUGUCUGGCUUGGGGGUGCCGAGGACAAUUCUCAUCUUGUAUUUGAAUUUCUUGAUAGAUGUCGCAAUCAUUCUCACAUCAAUUGGUGUCAUUACUCUGGCGAAACGAAAGAUGCCUUUUACAAGCUUUCGAAGAGAUCUUGGUUCUAUAGAGCAUUGUCUGCUCAAGAGCUUUCAUUGAGCGAGGAGGCAACUAUCUUGUGCGGUCGCCAUCGAUGUGAAUGGUUGGACUUGAUGAAAUGUUCUAGCUUCCCAUCGACAAGCGAUUAUUAUCACCCGUUAGGAGGUCCAGAUGGGCGAACCCACUUGCAUCACCUUGACACAAUCUCCCGCGCCUACCGCGUACGACUGAGGAACCUAUUCUGCCUGAAUAGACAUUGCCAAGCUGAGGAUCCUAGGGACAAGAUAUUUGGAGCCUUGAUGAUGAAUACUAACAUCCAUUUUGACAUUACCAUCGAUUAUAAACAAGACAUUCCCCAACUAUUUCAGAAAUUCACUCGAAAGCUUAUCGAAUCAAGUCGGGACCUCGACGUCCUUCAUUGGUUAGGGCCAAACAACUGUGUCGAUGGUCUUCCGUCUUGGGUCCCAGAUUAUAACGUUGUCAACCCGACAGGAACUCUUCCUAGAGUAUUCGGGAUGUCUGCAACGUAUUCUAUUCAUUACCCACUCACACUAAUCCCAGGGUUUGAGUUCCGAGAUGGAAACAUAUUAAUGCUUAACGGGCGAUUCGUCGAGAAAGUUACGCAAGCGGCUGAAGAAUUGGAAGCGCAAGAUACGACUGUUCCAGGAAGCAAGGAGUUCAGCUCCGUCGUGAGUGGAUGGGAAAACCUGGCUUCAAGCUUAAACAAUAAGAGGUUCCCGCAAACAAUUAUUGACGCUUUCUCCGAUACACUCAUUGGGAAUGAUGACGCCGAUUUGCUAGUUGAAAAUGACAAUCCUCCAUUGGUCAGAAAGAUGAGAGCAUUGUCUUCUUCAGUGGCUACUAAGUUCAACGUGUGGUAUAAGCACAUACAGGAACAUCAAAUUGGUAAAGUAUGCGCCAAGGGCAGCAAUUUCAGCAAAGGCCAACAGCAGCGCUGGAGAGAAUCCUUAGAUGCCGAUUCGAUGUGGUAUUCUCGCCGUAUGGAGAUGACCUGUUACGGCCGCAAGUUUUUCAUCACUGACAAGGGAUCGAUGGGCUUAGCACCACCGCGCACGAGGGAGAGCGAUGAUAUCGUAUUUUUCCCAGGUGGAAAAUAUCCCUUCAUUUUGAGGGCAAGAGAUAACGGCACCCACGAGCUGAUCGGAGACUGCUUUCUCUAUGACCUAGACGUUUUUGCACUAUUUCGGGACAAGGCGGUCAGCACACAGCAGUUUCUCCUAACUUGAUAUUCAUCGUAACGAUCUGAAAGUUCUAUGAGAUUAAAUUAUGAGCACUAUAAUGUGAAGGCAGUAGUAAGUUACUGUUGGUAAGUAGAAGUGAAUUUCCCCGAUAGCAUUGCAAACAAGUAUCAU